AAGACCCCGGCAGUGAUUUAUCAGGAUAAACAGCAGCAGGUUCCCUGCCCCGUGUUUGCACUAGGUUAAUGGAAACUGUAUCCCACGCUGCUUUCCCUGGAUAAGAUCCCAGUUUAUAUGGAAUGUCCAAUGGAAAAACACAGCACUUGCAUUUUUGUUUAAGGUCUGCUCGUGCAGAAAUUGCCACUGGGGCUGUGCUACCCAGUGUGGCUUUCUGGUUUCUGUUUUCUCCAGCAUCCUGGGAUGAUCUGUGGGGAUCUGGGGAGAUAAGUCCUCUUUGGGGACACUGGGGGAUGCUCUGUCCCCUCAUGACCCAGUGCUGGGGAUGUACUGGGGCACCAUCCCAAAAGGAGAGGGGUUUUGGGAAGAGCCAAGCUGGGAUGUAUGGAAACAAACCCUUCCUGCCAGCACUGUUUCCUAAUCCUGGAGACCAAACCGCUCUGAUCGUUAAACCAGCGUUCAGAGAUUGGGCUGAAGGCUGCUGAGCAGACAACAUCCAAGCUGACCUUUGAGGAGAUGAGCAAAAAAAAAAAAAAAAAAAGAAAAAGAGAGAGAGAGAAAACACAAGGGGGUUACUGUGCAAACGCCGGAGAAAAAUAGUCAUUUCAAUUAGGGACCCCACCCUUAAAAUAAGACUUAUUGCUAAUGCAUGCCCAGGACAUUUCUGUGUGAUGGUAUGCUAAAAAAAUCCUCUCUGAACAGGGACUAAAGGCUUUGUUGUGUCAUGAGCAAGCCUUACAGUUCCCAAGAAAAUUCCUGUCCCUCUCUUGCAUCAUACAGUCGGGGAUGAGGAGGACAUUUCUAGACAAAAAGGCCACCAGCCAGAAGGAAGGACAAACAGGGAAUACAUUCCUGACUCGCUAUUUAAUUGCUUUUGUGCAGGUGCAAAGGCCAAACGAAAGGAAACAUAAGGAUGAGUGUGUGGGGCCAAAUCUUGGCUCUAAGCGGGAGCCCAACACCGGGAGGGGAGGGCUGCUGUAACAAACAGACUUCCACCCAGCUUCUUUGUGGGUUUUGUGCUGUUUUCCCCCCGGGAUCAGGCUGGUUCCUGUGGCACUGGGAGGCGAUGCCCCUGCCAGGGAGGUGAUGCAAAGAAACACCGGAGCAUCCUGACUCAGCACCGCAGCGCUGGGAGACCCGUGGGAAAGACACGGAGCGUCUUCUCUCGGCGUCAGGGCAUGCGUAUGGCAGGGGAUGAGCGAGGAGCAGCUCCCUGCGUCUGCCCACUGCCCCACAACGCGGGAGGACACCAAUGUCUCAGCCUCUGCCUACCCCCAGUACUGGGUGGAGCCGCAGUUCACGCGAGCAGCGAAGGUCCGUGUGAUCAUCACAGCCAUCUUCUUCCUGCUGGCGGCGGGCAGCAACGCGGCGGUGCUGGGCAGCCUGCUGAGGAAGAGGAGGAAAUCCCACGUGCAGCCGCUGAUCCUCAGCCUGGCCCUGGCCGACCUGCUGGUGACGGUGACGGUGAUGCCCCUGGACGCGGCAUGGAACGUGACGGUGCAGUGGUACGGAGGGGACAUCUCCUGCAAGGUCCUCAACUUCCUCAAGCUGUUUGCCAUGUACGCGGCCGCCCUGGUGCUGGUGGUCAUCAGCCUGGACCGGCACGCGGCUGUGCUCCGUCCCUUCUCCCGCGCCCACCGCCGCAACGGGAUGCUGCUCCGCGCCGCCUGGGCUGGCAGCAUGCUCCUGGCUUUGCCCCAGCUUUUCCUCUUCCACCUGCACACGAUUCCAGGAGGGAACUUCACCCAGUGUGUCACGCAUGGGAGCUUCCGAGCUCACUGGGAGGAAACUGUUUACAACAUGUUCACCUUCACCACCCUCUACAUCACCCCCCUGAGCGUCAUGGUUGUUUGCUACAUCCGGAUCCUUUGGGAGAUCAGUAGGCAGCUAAAGAUCAAUAAAGGUCUGACAAGAAGUCAAAAUGACCACAUCUCCAAGGCACGCAUGAAGACUCUCAAGAUGACCGUAGUGAUUGUAGCCACCUUCAUCAUCUGCUGGACCCCGUACUACCUCCUGGGCUUGUGGUACUGGUUCCAGCCAGCCAUGAUCCAGAAGAUGCCAGAGUACGUCAACCACAGCUUCUUCCUCUUUGGCUUGCUGCACACCUGCACAGACCCUGUCAUUUAUGGACUCUACACCCCCUCCUUUCGGGAGGACGUGCAGUUGUGUCUCAGGGGCAUCGGAACAGCCAUCACCAGGCACAAGAGACACAAUCCCAUCUCAGCCCCGGAGAAGAACAUCAAGGAUGGUGCUGUAAACGGUGGAGUGGCGUCAGGGGGCUCCAACGGGACAACUGUCAGCGCAGUCUGAUGGAGAGACGUACCCACAGGGAGAUGGGAGGCACAGCUUUGGGGCUGCUUUGUCCCACAGGAUCAUUCUGUAGACUGUUCUAAGGAGGUUUGCCACCCAGCUUUGGUGGGUGAGGGUCUCUGGCCAGGAAUGGGGAAUGCAUCUCCUGCCUGUACUCAGGGUGACAAACAUUUGGGGGUAUUUCUGGUCAUUCUGCCGUAUUCUGGCAACCCUGUGACAACUAGAAAAACUUCCUUUUCAUACCCUACACAUGCUUUAUCCCUGAUUCUGGGAUCAAGCUUCUGCACACUUCCAGUAUCCACCCCUGGGAGGAGACUCUGUGGUCCAGGGCCACGUCCAUGGGGUGUCCAGUCUUCAAGUGCCCCUUGCACCUACACCCCAGUGUGGAGAUGCAUGGAUGGUGUCACCCUGAGGCUGCAAAGGUGUGAUCACAGGCUUUUACUCUCUUUUCUCCACCCACUGUAGGAAAAGCUCCCUGGAAAUUUCAGAUCUCUGGGCUCUCCCAUGGCUGUGUGACAAGCCUGGGAGAGAUCUAAAUAUCUGAGGGUUGACUAAUGCAAGGGAGUUAGUUCUGUGGGGAUGGGUUGGCUUGGGCAAGAGGGGUACAAAGAACCACAAUGGGAUAGGUAUGGGGCGGGGUUUCUUCUGCCUUUUGGAGAUAGCCAGAAGGGAAAACAGUCCCUGCUCCGUGUUCUGGUGUGCAGGGGAUGGCAUGGACACAUCCUUACACAGCAGUUUGGGACACAGGGCUGACCACGAGACAGGAUGU